UCCAUUAUCUAGAAUCACCUUUUUGUCAAAAGGGCCUUUGAGCUACUCCAUAUUUGUAUAAAAGCUUUUGUUAUCAGUAUGCUGGAGUUCUACUGUGACAGGACUUUUAAACUUGAUGAAACUAUGGACAGCUUUUUAAAAAAAUCAUUUUAAGAUACCUGUAAAAAAAGGAGCAGGAGAAGCAGGUCCUGGGUCCGAGAAAUGAGGGAUCAGAACCGAUCUGAAGAGAACAGCAGAAGAAGGGACCAACUCGGGGACUAAGGGAUGAAAAGAUGGAGGAAAAGAGGAAAAGGGGCAGGGGUGGAAAGAAAAGAGGUCGUCUAAAGCGGAGCCAGGUCGAGAAGAAACAAGAUGUUGCUAGACAGAAUCAAGGCUCCCCUGGUGAGCAAGAAGAGGGAGCGAAGAGGGAGCUACCUUUACGGGAGUGUUUGAAGGAUGGGGGGGAUCGGGAGGGUAGCAGGAGCGGGAUACAAGUGCUGGCCAUUCAGGCCCGAAAGCGGAGGCCGAAGAGAGAGAAACAUCUGAAAAAGCCGGAGCCGCAACAAAAAGCUCCCUCUGUACCCCCUCCACCACCACCACCUCCACCACCACCUCUACCAGAACCAGCACCACCAGAACCAGAAGAGGAAAUUCUGGGAUCUGAUGAUGAAGAGCAAGAAGACCCUGCAGAUUACUGCAAAGGUGGCUAUCAUCCUGUGAAAAUUGGAGACCUUUUCAAUGGCCGUUACCAUGUUAUUAGAAAGCUAGGAUGGGGACACUUCUCUACAGUCUGGCUAUGCUGGGAUAUGCAGGGGAAAAGAUUUGUGGCAAUGAAGGUUGUAAAAAGUGCCCAGCAUUAUACAGAGACAGCCUUGGAUGAAAUAAAGUUGCUUAAAUGUGUUCGUGAAAGUGACCCAAGUGACCCAAACAAAGACAUGGUUGUACAGUUAAUUGAUGACUUCAAAAUUUCAGGCAUGAAUGGCAUACAUGUUUGUAUGGUCUUUGAAGUACUUGGCCAUCACCUCCUAAAGUGGAUAAUCAAAUCAAACUACCAAGGUCUUCCUAUCCAUUGUGUAAAAAGUAUAAUUCGACAGGUUCUGCAGGGUUUAGAUUAUCUACACAGCAAGUGCAAGAUUAUCCAUACUGAUAUCAAGCCAGAAAACAUUUUGAUGUGUGUAGAUGAUGCGUAUGUACGUAGGAUGGCGGCAGAGGCCACUGAGUGGCAGAAAGCAGGUGCUCCUCCUCCUUCUGGCUCAGCAGUGAGUACUGCUCCACAACAAAAGCCUAUAGGAAAAAUAUCUAAAAACAAAAAGAAAAAACUGAAAAAAAAACAGAAAAGACAAGCAGAGCUCUUGGAAAAACGCCUCCAGGAAAUAGAAGAGCUAGAAAGAGAAGCUGAAAGGAAAAAAGUAGAAGAAAACAUCACUUCAGCUAUACCCACAAAUGAUCAGGAAGAUGAAUAUCACCCAGAGGUCAAACUAAAAACAGCUGGAUUAGAGGAGGCAGCUGAUGAAGAGCCUGCAAAUGAUGAGGGUGAACCUGAAGAUCAAGAGGAGAAAGAAGACACUGAAAAAGAAAACACAGAAAAAGAUGAUGAUGAUGUUGAACAGGAACUUGCCAACACAGAUCCUACAUGGAUAGAAUCCCCCAAAACAAAUGGUCAUAUUGAAAAUGGCCCAUUCUUAUUGGAACAACAAAUAGAAGAUGAAGAAGAUGAGGAGGAAGAGUGCCCAAAUCCAGAGGAAUAUAAUCUUGAUGAGCAUGAGCCAAAUACAGAAAGUGAUUAUACGUAUGGUAGCUCCUAUGAACAAUUUAAUGGUGAUUUGCCAAAUGGACAACAUAAAAUUCCUGAGUCACAGUUUUCAGAGUUUACAGCUUCAAUGUUCUCUGGGGCUUUAGAAUCUGUGGCCUGUGGCUCUGCAGUUUCAGAGGGUUCAGUUCUAACUGAGCAAGAAGAAAAUAGUCCAACUCACGACAGAAGCAGAACAGUUUCAGCAUCCAGUACUGGGGAUUUGCCAAAAACAAAAACCCGGGCUGCUGACUUGUUGGUGAACCCCCUGGAUCCAAGGAAUGCAGAUAAAAUUAGAGUUAAAAUUGCUGAUCUGGGAAAUGCCUGCUGGGUGCACAAGCACUUCACAGAAGAUAUUCAGACUCGUCAGUAUAGAUCCAUAGAAGUUUUAAUAGGAGCUGGCUAUAGUACACCUGCUGAUAUUUGGAGUACUGCAUGUAUGGCAUUUGAGCUUGCAACUGGAGAUUAUUUGUUUGAACCACAUUCGGGUGAAGACUAUUCUAGAGAUGAAGACCAUAUAGCACACAUCAUAGAGCUGCUAGGCAGUAUCCCAAGGCACUUUGCUCUAUCUGGAAAAUAUUCUCGGGAAUUCUUCAAUCGCAGAGAUCACAUAGCAUUGAUCAUUGAACUGCUGGGGAAAAUCCCUCGAAAAUACGCUAUGUUGGGGAAAUAUUCCAAGGAGUUUUUCACCAAAAAAGGAGAACUACGGCAUAUUACGAAGCUGAAGCCCUGGAGCCUCUUUGAUGUGCUCGUGGAGAAAUAUGGUUGGCCUCAUGAAGAUGCUGCACAGUUUACAGAUUUCCUGAUCCCGAUGUUAGAAAUGGUUCCAGAAAAACGAGCUUCAGCUGGAGAAUGCCUUAGGCAUCCUUGGUUGAAUUCUUAGCAGAAUCUCCAAAUAUAACAUUCUGAGCUAGCAAAUAUUUUCCAGUACAUCGGACCUAAAUGGUGACUCUCAAAUUCUUUAACAGGAUUACAAGUGAGCUGGCUUCAUCCUCAGACCUUUAUUUUGCUUUGAGGUACUGUUGUUUGACAUUUUGCUUUUUGUGCACUGUGGUCCUGGGGAAGGGUAGUCUUUUGUCUUCAGCUAAGUAGUUUACUGACCCACUCUCUUCUGGAAACACUUAAUACCUUGUCUCUAAACAUUGUUUCUUGUGUUGUGUGGCAUUCAAAUGUCAUUUUCUUGAACAAAAAAUACUUUCCCCUUCUUUGUGUUUCGGCAGGUUUUUAAACUAUUUAUGAAGAACUCUUUUAGCUGAAUAUUCUAUAAUUUACACGCUUAAGAAAUUAUCAAGUUGGAAUCAAGAAAGUCAUGGCAAGGAAAUGUAAUUUUAUCUGCUGGCAAAGGGAUAUCAUUCUUGUAUUAUAGUAUAUGUAAAUGUACCCUGUAAAUGUUUUUUUCCAUUAAAUUUGGGAUGGGACUCCAAUUUCCGAGUAAAGCUACCAAGUUUUGAGUAAUCUGUAGCCUCUAAGUUGCAUGUAGCAGACAUCUGCUGCUUUGAAGUUAUGCAAACUUCCAAUUCCAUAGCAAUUCUUUUUACAUUGGAUUUUAAACAAAGCAGCUCUGAUUUCUUUCCCCAUAUGGCACUUUAACAGAAGGCAAGACUUGUUUCUCAAUCUAAAACAUGGAUUACAUACUUGCAUUCCCAUUGGAUAUUUUGCCUAUUUUUUUAAAAAGUGCAUUUAAGGAAAAAUAGCAAUUUCCCUUAUAAUGUGAUAACACGCUACAAUGUGGUAUUUAUUGUUGCCUACAAGCACCGUAAGUCCAACUAUACGCAGGUUAAAUUGAGCAAAGGAAACAUUUCUACAUGUGCAAUGAAAAUUAUGUUUGAGAAAGAGCAUUCUAUGUCCAAAAAGCAAGGGGUAGAGUGUAUAAUUUGCAAUGUUGAUGGACAGAGAAAACCCCUCAAGUCUCAGAGGUUAAAGAGAUCACGUUCAUUCUUCAUGUAGCUUUACAUGUUUCUAAUAACAAAUUGCACUAGUUUUUUGUCUUUCCAUGAACUGGAGUACAAAGAAAAUGAUUUUCCCUUUGCGAGUUGCAGUUUGGUUUAUGCGUGUAGAAUCCAGGACACAACCAUAGUAGGCAAUACAGAUUUUAGAAAUGUUAAUAUACAGAGGUAUUUUGCCUCUUUUAGAAGUCAGUGGGAUGAAUGUAAUUUUUUUUUCCAGUUUUACACAUUAAUUAUGGUGCCACUUUUUCUUGACUUUGUCCAUUUAAAUUUAUUCACAUGCCUUUGCAAUAACUAGAUUGUGAAAAGAUACCCAAGUGUUGUAACAAUAACCUAUUGUUUGAGGUGCUUGCAGUUGUCUAAUUAAUUAAAGUGUUUUGUUUUUUUUUCA